AUGACACUUCCGGGGCAACCACCUCCGGAGGUGAGGGAGCAACUCGUUCCAACUAUCAAUUUUGCAAUGGUGUGCCCUGGUGUGUACCGUUCCGGUUACCCGACACGCAAAAACUACCGCUUCAUCCGUGCUCUGGGGUUGCGCACCAUCAUAUAUCUCUGCCCCGAGGACUAUGCGGAAAGUAAUGUAAAGUUCUGCGAAGAAAGCGGAAUAACAAUUCGUCGAUUUGCCACUGAGGGAAACAAAGAACCUUUCAUGGAUAUCUCAGAACCGCUGAUGCAUCGUAUUCUCUCUGCCCUCAUCGACACGAGACUUCACCCCGUUCUUAUUCAUUGCAACAAGGGGAAACACAGGACGGGCACUGUUGCGGCGUGUCUACGGCUACUACAGGGAUGGUCGUUAGUUUCUAUAUUUCAGGAAUAUCGCAGCUUCGCCGGGGACAAGGUACGGAUGGGGGAUAUGCAAUAUGUAGAGUUAUAUCGCCCCAUUGUCCGCAUUUCGCCCCCGUAUGUGGCCGAUUGGGUGUGUAUCACGCCGGUUGUAACGGUAGUGCACACCGAGGAGGAACUGGUGGAAGCAGAGGCAAGACAGUUAGGUUGGAGUCUGCUCGCACCGCCGCCACAGCUAUCGUCACCGACUGUACCCGCGCCAGCACCACCACCACCAUCGAAGUUAACAAUAACAGAGGCUACGGAAGAAGAACCGACACCAGACGGAUCAGCGGCAAAUGUAAGUCACGUGGGGGGAUUGCCGGCGGAGGAGGCGGCUCGGCCAAAUGGAAAGGAGGUUGCUGCAGUUCAUGUGAGUGCCGGAACACCGAAGGUUAGACCCAGGGCGUCGGCGGUGUUGCCAAUACCCCGUCGAGGUGGCGGGCAUGUGGAGCCCAGUGGUAGUACCUUUAAGUCAAGAGAUACGGGUGGAACAUCAAAGAAGGAAACGGAGGAGGGCCGGCGAGGUGCGAAGUGA